UGUUUCAUUAUUUGCCCCUGUUAAACACAAUGCUUGCUUGCAUCUUUAGUUUUUUAGCUCUUUUUUUGUUUUUCUGCUCAAUUAUCAGAGUAAAAGCCUCUUCUUUUAUAUGAAAUAAUGAUGCUUUUCUCAGCUUCAUUCUCAUCAUUUCCACAUAAUUCACUUACUAUUUGAUUGGAAGUUUUUUUAUGUAUUGGCUAUGCAGAGUGUUUUUCCAAAGAAAGGGUAGAUUGAAGAAAAAGGUCACAGCUUUGGAUCAAUGGGUGGGAAGAGAUCUAUAAUAUGUUGCUUGAAUUUGGAGAUCUUGGUUUGGUUUCUGUUAAUUUUUGCUUUUCAACUUUCAGAUGAAACUGACCCUGGAGAUGUUGCUGCAAUUAAUGCUUUUCAUGCUGCCAUGGGAUCGCCUUCCCUUCCUGGGUGGGGUAUCAGUGGAGAUCCGUGUGAUGGACAAUGGCAAGGGGUCACAUGCAAUGAUACAAAUAUAUUAACCAUUAAACUGAAUGUUGCUAACUUGGGAGGUGAACUAGGGGAUAGCUUAGCAGGGUUUUCUUCCCUCCAAACGAUAGAUCUGAGUAACAAUCAAAUUGGCGGAACCCUCCCAUCCAAUCUGCCAGUUACAUUGCAGAAUAUUUUUCUUUCAGAUAAUGAGUUGAUGGGAAGUAUCCCUACUUCUUUAUCUUCCCUAAAUCAGCUGUCAGCAAUGUCUCUCAACGGAAAUCAACUGAGUGGAGAAAUUCCUGAUUCCUUUCAAGGCCUUACAGCAUUGGUUAAUCUUGAUUUGUCAAGUAACAGUUUAAGCGGAGCUUUGCCGUCAUCAGUAGGAAACUUGUCCUCCUUGACCACUCUACGUUUGCAGAAUAACCAGCUUUCUGGAACUCUUGACGUUUUACAAGAUCUUCCCCUCGCAGAUUUGAAUGUGGAAAACAACCUGUUUUCUGGGCCCAUACCUCAGAAGUUGUUUUCUAUUCCCAAUUUCAAAAAUGAUGGAAAUCCUUUCAACAGUAGUACUGCUCCUUUGCCUCCACCCACUUCUUUAGCAGCACCCCCUCCAGCAGGACUAGCACCACCCUUUUUUAAGCCUCCAACUUCAACGCAGACACCACCAACUUCUGGAAGAAAACCUGGAAAACAGGCUGAUGGACCAACAGCAACUGCAGAACCCAGUUCAAAAGGAAGCAAAAAGUCUGUUAAAAGGGUAGUCUGGAUAUCCAUUGUAGCAGUUUUGUCAUUUAUAAUAUUGGUUAUAGCAAUCCUGCUCUUCCUGCCAAGAUGCCUUAAGGAUAGGCAAGAGAAUAAUUGGUCCAGACGGCAUGAAGUAGCUCCUUUUGUGGGGUCCAGGGAGAAUCGUAGAGAUAAUGGUUCAUUGGUCCAACUUGGACAUGAUGUAGAGAAAGCUCCUCCUCUAGUGAGGCCAAAGGAAGAGCAACAACUAAGAAGACCGGCUCGCGCUCCCAUGCCAGAGCAUGAGCAGGAG